GUGAAAACUUAGCUGCGAACGAGCAAGUUUUCCUUAUAUUCAGAUCUUCUUCGAGCCGAAAACAUUGUAAAUAUAUUUUAACAAAUAUUUUACUAAAAGUAUUACACUUAUAGAAGAUGUCCGAAGCCAACAGUGUUGAUUAUAUCGAUCAGCUCAUUAGCUGCAACAACAGAUCUCCCGAGCUGGCAGUUCCCAGAAUAACACCCAUCAAGGAUGUGCGCGAGUUCAUGUCCAACUCUGAGAACUUCAAUGGCGACAUCGAGGACCUCAAGGAGCAACUAGAUGCCAAAACCCAACAGUGCCAGGGACUACUCAAAAUCUUGAAUGAAAAGCUGCGGUUAAAGUUGUUAACCCUAGACAAGGUAAAGACGGAUAUGUUGGCCCUUGCAGAUGAUAUGAAGAAGCCAACAGCGUCCGCUCGAUUUGUGACUAACCACGAAAAGAUCAAACUUAAUUACUUGGACGAGUCCGAGGGUAAGGAAUGUGAAAUGGCCGAAGCCCUGGAGUGGUUUAAUCUGAAGAUGGGUUCGCUGUACUGCGAGAUCGUGGGCCUGGAGAGCGAUGUGGACUACAUUACCUAUCUGGAACGCAUGUCCCAACUAAACAUGAGACUUUCCAUCACCAUUGCCAUCGCCAUCGCUCCUAGUCAUCAGUAUCAAUAGACCUGACACCCACCCCGGACAAGAACCAAGGGAAAGGACCAACGACACACGCAUAAGGAUGGUGGAUAAGGGAUGGGAAUGGAGGAACAGGGAUCAGGAAUCAGGGAUAAGGAAAGAGCACCGUCAGUCAGGUCUGCCGGCUACUUUUA